CAUUGUUCGUGAUCUCUUCAUUAUAUUCUAUUCUCGCCAUUGCCGCUGAAAAAUGGCGAGUGAAGGUUCUCUACUAUCAAAUCUAUGCCGGAUAUGUCACAUCAAUCCUCCAAAAUACCGCUGUCCACGAUGUAGCGUUCGCACCUGCUCCCUCGAUUGUUCCAAACGGCACAAAGUCUGGUCGCAAUGCUCUGGCGUGCGCGACCCGGCAGCCUACCUCAAACGAAGUGAACUCGCGACACCGUCGGCUUUUGAUCGCGACUACAAUUUCAUCUCGGGAAUCGAGCGGGGGCUUGACCGCGCAGACCGCGAUGCGGAUAUUCGUGGGAUCGAACUCGGUCGGGAAGAGAAUGAGCGCGCGCGCCGGUCAAAAUGGAACAGUGGUCCCAAGAAGGGCGAGGUCAAUGUACAAAAAGCGCUCGAGCGGGCGAGAGUGAUUGUAGAUCGAGCGCCGAAAGGAAUGACGAGGGAAAAGGAGAAUCGCACAUCGUGGAAUAGAAAGUACAAGUGCUUAUCAUGGACCGUGGAAUGGUUUCAUCCGGAUGGCCGGCGGGAGCUGUCCGGAUGCUUGGAGACAUGGCCGCUCUGUGAAGGCUACAGUCGCAUACUGGAGAAGGAUUCGGCGGGGAAAAAGAGAAAGCGGGAGACGGAUGAUGAGGCUGCUCGGCCUACUCCAAAGGACGCAAUUCUCGAGAAUGCUUCGGCAGGACAGGAAUUGACGCGCACCGGUGAAGACGAGACGUCGAAUCCAGCAGAGACUCAAAAUCCAGAGAAUGCAGAGCCUAUCCAGUCUAGUACACAGCCGACACCUGCCCCUCACGAUCCCGAGGUUACAGAUUCACAAAACCUCGAGUCUUCCAAUCCAACAGAACCUCCUCCAACUCCUUCUGUACCGUCUGAAAACGCCAACUCAACAUCAGCACCACCAACCAACCCCCCUCAAUCCCCGCAGGACCAACAAGCUACAGACACCCCAACCUCCGAUCCCCCCGCUCCUCAUUCCGAACAGAAUCAAGAUUCUACAUCAUCGCCCCAAGAAUCAAACGAAACGAAACACAUCCAAGAAAUACCAAAUAUCCACAUGUACCUCCUCAGACCCCACACCGCUAGCUCAUCCAAGGUCCUCAUCCCCGUCGCGCAAUCCUCCUCGCUGGCCGAGUGUCUCCGCGAACGAGUCGUCCUCGAGUAUCCGACUUUUUAUAUCCUCUUGUCCCCGCCGCCGUCGCUACCGGACGGUUUCAUUCUCGAAGCAGACUAUCUCGGCCAGCAACGCGCCGAAGAGGAGGAGAUGCGCGAACUCCUGGCCCACGUCGAUGUGCCGCAGGACCAGCAGCAGUCGACAACGUCGAAUGCCGGGCAGGAUGAUGAGCAGGCGAGGAAUCAGUUUGUGAAUGAUGAGGUUUUGCGCGUUUUGCAGAAGGAUAUGGUCGGAUGAUUGUAUCUUUUUCUUUUUCGGCCGGGGGGGGGGGGGGGGGG